AUGAAGAUCUUUAACACCCCCAACAACUCCAGCACCAUCACUGGCUUCAUCCUCCUGGGCUUCCCUUGCCCCAGGGAGGGUCAAGUCCUCCUCUUUGUGCUCUUCUCUAUUGUCUACCUCCUGACCCUCAUGGGGAAUGGUUCUAUCAUUUGUGCUGUGCGCUGGGAUCAGAGGCUUCACACCCCCAUGUACAUCCUACUUGCCAACUUCUCCUUUCUAGAGAUCUGGUAUGUCACCUCCACUGUCCCCAACAUGUUAUACAACUUCCUCUCUGACACCAAGGUCAUCUCCUUCUCUGCAUGCUUUCUGCAGUUCUAUUUCUUCUUUUCCCUGGGUUCUACAGAAUGCUUUUUCUUAGCAGUUAUGGCAUUUGAUCGAUACCUUGCCAUCUGCUGGCCUCUACACUAUCCAACCAUUAUGACUGGACGUCUCUGCACCAAGCUUAUGGUCAGCUGCUGGGUACUUGGUUUCCUCUGGUUCCUGAUUCCUAUCAUCAUCAUCUCCCAGAUGUCCUUCUGUGGAUCUAGGAUCAUUGAUCACUUCCUGUGUGACCCAGGUCCUCUGCUGGCUCUCGCUUGUAUCAGAGCCCCUGCAAUAGAGUUGACUAGCUCUACUUUAAGUUCUUUGCUUUUAUUUAUCCCUUUUCUCUUCAUCGUGGGAUCCUACACUUUGGUCCUGAGAGCUGUGUUGAGCGUCCCUUCAGCAGCUGGUCGAAGAAAAGCCUUCUCUACCUGUGGAUCCCAUCUGGCUGUGGUUUCACUUUUCUAUGGCUCAGUGAUGGUCAUGUAUGUCAGCCCAACAUCUGAGCAUGCAGCUGGAAUGCAGAAGGUUGUGACGCUGUUCUACUCUGUUGUGACUCCACUCAUUAACCCUGUGAUAUACAGUCUGAGGAACACAGAUAUGAAACACGCAAUGAAGAAAUUAUUAGGAAUAACUGUGAGU